AUGCUGUUUUGGCACACGCAGCCGGAGCACUACAACCAGCACUCGACCGGCAGCUACCUGCGAGAUGUCCUUGCAUUGCCAAUCUUCAAGCAGGAAGAACCGCAGCUGUCUCCUGAGAAUGAUGCCAAACUGCCACCCUUUCAGUACGUCCUUUGCACAGCCACAUCACCUGCUGUGAAACUGCAUGAAGAAACCCUGACCUACCUCAACCAAGGUCAGUCUUAUGAAAUCCGUCUACUUGAGAAUAGGAAAUUGGGAGAGUUUCAAGAUUUAAACACAAAAUAUGUAAAGAGCAUAAUUCGUGUUGUUUUCCAUGACCGACGCCUGCAGUACACAGAGCAUCAGCAGCUCGAGGGCUGGAGGUGGAGUCGGCCUGGGGAUCGCAUCCUUGAUAUAGAUAUUCCACUGUCAGUUGGUAUCUUAGAUCCCAGAGCCAGCCCAACCCAGCUGAACACCGUUGAAUUUCUGUGGGAUCCAUCAAAGAGAGCCUCAGCAUUCAUUCAGGUACAUUGCAUCAGCACAGAAUUUACUCCACGAAAACAUGGAGGAGAGAAAGGGGUGCCCUUCCGUGUGCAGAUUGACACCUUUAAGCAAAACGAAAAUGGUGAAUAUACAGAACACUUGCAUUCUGCAAGCUGCCAGAUCAAAGUGUUCAAGCCUAAAGGAGCAGACAGAAAACAGAAGACUGACAGGGAAAAAAUGGAGAAGAAGACCACCCAAGAGAAGGAGAAGUAUCAGCCCUCCUAUGAAACAACUAUUCUCACAGAGUGCUCUCCCUGGCCAGAUGUGCCUUAUCAAAUGAACAAUGCUCCAUCUCCAAGCUACAACAGUUCUCCCAACAGCUUCAACCUUGGAGAUGGCAACAGUUCUCCAACGCACCAAGUGGAGCUCCUGCCUCCCACCAAUGAUCAUCUCCUUCCUUCUGCUUCUAUUCAAGAUGCUCAGCAGUGGCUUCAUCGUAAUAGGUUCUCUCCAUUCUGUAGACUCUUCUCAAGUUUUUCGGGUGCUGACUUACUGAAGAUGUCCAAAGAAGAUUUUGUUCAAAUCUGUGGGCCUGCUGAUGGAAUUCGACUCUUCAAUGCCAUCAAAGGAAGAAAUGUAAGGCCCAAGAUGACAAUUUAUGUCUGUCAAGAACCAGAGCAAAACAGGUCUCAUCUCCACCAGAAAAGAGAAAAUGGAGAUGGCAGUCUUUGUGUAUAUCAUGCAAUCUUCUUGGAAGAACUGACCACGCUGGAAUUAAUUGAGAAGAUUGCAAACUUGUACAGCAUUUCUCCACAGCAGAUAAAUCGAAUCUAUCGGCAGGGACCCACAGGGAUCCAUGUAUUAGUGAGCAAUGAGAUGGUACAAAACUUCCAAGAUGAAUCUUGUUUUGUUAUCAGCACACUAAAAGCUGAAAGCAAUGACGGCUACCACAUCAUUUUAAAAUGACCAUACUGCACAGAAAGACUUUAACAGCCUAAAAUUUAGUGCCUCGCUGACAUUGCUACAUCCUAGACUGGAAACAUGAAGAAUCUUCUGGAUAAAAUGCUCUUCUGAACUAAGAAUUACCAAACAGCUUAAGGAAGAACUCGCUUUUACAGAUACAUGUUUUUACUGAUGUGAGGUUUUGGUUUUUUGGGGUGUUUUGUUGUUGGUGGUUGUCUUUUUUUUUGAAGCUGGAGCUGAGAACAUCCUCAAAGCUCAUACAUGUCUCUUCCUCCUUCAGUCUUAAAAAUUGUGCAGGUUUCUGAUUAUUACUUAGAAACAUCUGCCUUGUACUAAAGGGAAAUGGGAAAAAAAACCCAAACCCAAACCAAACCCCAAUUCCCUAGAUCCUUCAUGGUUGGAUGAAUUGAUUUAUUUAGUGUUCUGAGUGCUCUCUUGCUUUUAACACACACCCUGUUGCUGAUGGACAUAGGCUCCCUGGGGCUCUUGUUUUACUCUUUGAGGUGGAAGGCUUGAGACUACAUCUGAAAACAGAUUGGGAAAUGGAGAGGAUGGAUGUAGUGCUCAGCCCUCACCCAGAGGGUCAACCCUGAAGGCCCACUCUUAGCUGUUCUCCACCUGUAGCAUGCUCAAAGUCCAGAGACCUUGAUCUCUCCUGACAGAGGUUCUGUUAUACCCAUUAAACAGAUUAGUUCUGUGGGAUUCAAAGGAGGAUCAACACUCUGAGGCAGCAUAUUAUGUCUUUAGAAUAGUCUCCUUGAACAGAGUGCAUGAAGGUUUU